AUGUCGUCAUCCUCCGAUGAAGAACUAGUUGUACGGAAUCCGUACACUGUGAUUGCGAAUGAUGAAAGACGUAGCAGUCGGAGGUCACUUGUAUCACAUAAACAGGAGUCAAAAAAUCGGGCACUGGAGGAAAUGAAGAGAGCACGCGAUACCGGUAGCGUGCAUCGAGUAGAUGUAGCGAAUUUGAUAAAACCUGUGUACGAAGAAGUAGAUGAAGAGGAAUAUAUGAAAAUUGUGCAAGAACGUCAGAGAGAUGAUUUUGUAGUUGAUGAUGAUGGUAGUGGCUAUGUUGAUCAUGGUAUCGAUUUCGCAGAUGAAGAACAACACAUUACAACAAGUAAAACAAGAAAACCGAAGAAGAAAAAAGAUAAAGCAAAACGGAAGAUGAUUGACGAUUUUUUUCAUGCUUCAAACACAAAAAAGGUGAAAGAAGAGAAUGCAGUGACUGUGGCCGAUGACCCGGAUGUAGAAGCAUUACUUAAUGAAUGUGAUUUAUCGAGUAUUUUGAAACAAAAUGUAGCUAAAAAAAUGGGUGGUUCGAAAACCGACCAUGUAUCGUUGAUUAGAAACCAGCAUCUUAAGGAUUCAGAAACGGAAUCAAAGCUGAUGGAAGUUGAAGAGGUCAGCGAAUGUAGAGAAUGUUUGAAUGUAACUGCACCACAGUCUUCGCCGGUGAUAAUUGAUGCAGCAAAUUCAACGAAUUUGGAAUCUAAAUCUCAAGAAAGCGUUAAUAAGGUAUCCAACAAAGGAUUUGUGAUUGUAUGA